UGAAACAUAUUUAUUAAUUACUAAGUAAUUUGUAGCCUUCAACCUUUCAUUUGUAUUGUACUUCCAAUUUGGGAGUCUUAGGAGUAUAAAUAGAGAAUUGAAACAAAAGUUUGAUGCAAAAAGAAAGAAAGAAGAUUGAAAGCUUUUCUUUUAGGGGCAUAUAUAUAUAUAUAUAUAUAUAUAUAUAUAUAUAUAUAUAUAUAUAUACUAAUAAUAUAUUAUGGAGAAUUUGGAGGUGAAGUUAGAGGAAACAAGAGAAUAUUACAAAAGUGGAAAAACAAAGGAAGCAUCUUGGAGAUUUUCACAACUUAAAGGUUUACACAAAUUUCUUAACCAAAAUCAACAACAAAUUUACAAUGCCCUUUUCCAAGAUUUGGGGAAACACCAUGUUGAAGCUUUUAGAGAUGAGAUCGGUAAUCUACAAAUGUCCCUCAAUUUUGCUUUGGAGAAUUUGAAACGUUGGAUGUCCCCCAAAAAGGCGAAGUUGCCGGCGAUUGCUGUGUUGAAUUCAGCAGAAGUGGUUCCCGAGCCUUUGGGGGUUGUUCUUGUGAUCUCAUCUUGGAACUUUCCGUUUGGGUUGUCGUUGGAGCCAUUGAUAGGGGCAAUAGCAGCUGGAAAUUGUGUGUUUUUGAAGACGUCGGAGUUUUCUCCGGCGAGUUCAGCUUUUCUGGCGAAAGUGAUCGGAGAUUAUGUUGAUAAGAAAGCAGUGAGAGUGGUUGAAGGAGGGGCGGCGACCGGAGAGCGGCUGCUGCAGCUGCGGUGGGAGAAGAUUUUCUUUACAGGAAGUGAAAGAGUGGGGCGGAUUGUUAUGGCGGCCGCCGUGAAAUACCUAACGCCGGUGACUUUGGAGCUCGGAGGGAAAUGCCCCGCCAUUGUCGACUCACUUUCAUGUUCAUGGGAUAUUGAGUCUACUGCUCAACGGAUCGUUGUCGGAAAAUUUGGAGCCUGCGCCGGUCAAGCUUGCAUAGCAAUUGAUUAUAUCCUUGUUGAACACAAAUUUAUAUCCACCUUGGUCGAAUUGCUGAAGAAGUACAUCAAGAAAUUCUUCGAUAAAGGUUCGAACCAAGCGAAAAACAUGGCGAGAAUCGUAAACAAACAAAACUUUUUGAGAUUGAAGAAUAUGGUGGAUGAACCUGCUGUCCAAGCUACAAUCAUUUAUGGAGGAUCCAUGGACGAGGACAAAUUGUUCGUUGAGCCGACUAUUCUGUUGAACCCACCAAACGAUGCAGAAAUUAUGAGAGAAGAAAUCUUUGGACCAAUCCUUCCCAUAAUUGGAAUGGAUAAGAUUGAAGACAGUAUAGAUUUCAUCAAUUCAAGGCCUAAGCCUCUUGCCAUUUAUGCCUUCACAAAAGACAAAGCUUUCCAAAGAAGACUCGUCUCAGAAACUACGUCCGGCAGCUUGACAUUUAAUGAUGCAAUUAUUCAGUAUGCAGUGGAUACACUCCCGUUUGGAGGGGUUGGUGAAAGUGGGAUUGGCAGAUACCAUGGAAAAUUCUCAUUCGACACCUUUAGUCAUGAAAAGGCAGUUGUGAAAAGGAGCUUCUUGAUCGACUUCUGGUUCAGAUAUCCGCCCUGGAACAAUCACAAGCUUGAGCUGCUUAGACAUGCUUAUAAUUUUAACUAUUUUCAGUUAGUUCUCACUGUUUUGGGUCUGAAAAGGUCUUAAUCACUAGAAGAUUCCUCCCUUAGCUUCUUUUCAAAUCUUCGUUCUCGUUCUACUCUUACAAAUAAACAAUCUCUACUUUUGUAGUGACAAAAAUGUAUCAAAUUUCAACGAGGUCAAUCCCAUCUUAAUUCUUGUCA